AUGUUCAAAGCCGUGCAGCUCGUUCUCAGGGAGACGAGCAGAGUUCAUGGGUUGACGGCGUCAGGUUUCGUCAAUGGCUUCUCCACGGCUCCGAACUCUCAAAGGUUAGCUGGUAAGGUGGCGGUGAUCACCGGCGCCGCGAGCGGCAUUGGCAAGGUGACGGCCAUGGAGUUCAUCAGGAACGGCGCCAAGGUCAUCAUCGCCGACGUGCAGGACGACCUGGGCCGCUCGGUUGCCGCGGAGGUUGGCCCGGGCGUGGCCUACCUCCGUUGCGACGUCUCCGAUGAGGCGCAGAUCGCCGCGGCAGUGGACCAUGCCGUGGAGCGGCAUGGACACCUGGACAUCCUCUACAGCAACGCUGGCAUGUCCGGGUCCGUGACGCAGACCGCCGUGGGCGCCCUGGACCUCGCCGACUUCGACCGCGUGAUGGCGGUGAACGCGCGUUCGGCGGUCGCGUGCAUCAAGCACGGCGUGCGCGUCAUGGCACCGCGCCGCCGCGGCAGCAUCCUCUGCACGGCCAGCGUCAUGGGCGUGCUCACCUUCGGCGCCCCGGCCCUCGCGUACGCCAUCUCUAAGGCCACCGUCAUUGCCGCGGUGCGCGCGGCCGCGGGACCUCUGGCGCGGGAUGGCGUGCGGGUGAACGCCAUCUCGCCGCACGCCCUCGUGACGCCGCUGACGUUGCGGUCGAUGGCAGAGAUGUGCCCCGGCAUGGACGAGGCGGCGCUGAGGCGGGUGGUGGAGACGGACUGGAGCGAGCUGGACGGGGCCGUGCUGGAAGCGGAGGACGUGGCGAGGGCGGCGCUGUACCUGGCGUCGGACGAGGCCAAGUUCGUCACCGGGCACAACCUGCUCGUCGACGGCGGGUUCACCGCGCACAAGGCUGUCGGCAUGCCGUCCGUGGCGCGUUGA